CUUUAAAUACUGGCCGGCUCAGUGGUUUGGAGGUUAAGCGAUUGAGCGCAAGAUCAAUAGGUCCUGGGUUCGAAUCUGGCGAGGUGGGGUCGUGGAUGCGCGCUUUUGAGGAGUUCGGUACUAGGAUAAAACGGCCAUCUGAUGCCUCUAGGUUUCCUAUGGUGACCUAGCUUCAAAUGACUAAUGAAUUCAAUUAAUAAAUGUAAGGAAGUUUAUAUUGUUUAAAUAAAAUUAUAUAUUUAUAUUUAAAUGCGUACAAACAUAAAUAUCAAUCAUUGAUUUAAGGAAUCACCAGUAUACAUGUAAUUUAAUUCGUUAAUAGGGUAACUGAAAACUAAUCAAUAAAACAUUGAAGUUACUAUGCGUCAUUAUUUAAUUUCCAAGUUGUAACAUAUAUCCAGCUUGUUCAUCACUGGGUACCUCUUCAUUUAAAUCGUUUGUUAUGAUGACAAAACAGAUCUUCAUAUCGUUUGGUGUGUUGUUCAUUCUGGUGGUUUACUGUGAUAUGGUUGAGAAUGCAGUAAUCAAAAGAAUGUUCAUGUCUAACGAAAUGCCUGUAAACAUGCCAAUAAUGUCCAACAAUGAAGGCAUGAAUGACUAUGAACUACAGAAUAUCGGCUCAACAUUACAGUCUCUUUUGCAAAACUACAUCCAGUGCAAGAUGGGUGGAGGACAACAACCUUAUGCAUAUAUGAAUUAUAAUCAAUUUGGAAGUUCAAGACCACCAUACUAUGAACCGGUCACUGAUUAUCCAAUGUAUCCGAUGAACUAGCAGAGCACAUAUCAACCGUAUGAUUUACCUGAAUCGAUCGGCUCAACUGACAGUCCAUCAAUGUAUUAUCCACAACAGUGAUGUAUUUUGUGUGUUAUGUUA